CUUGGUACGUUUGAUCAUAUUCUUUCAGCUUCUCUUUUUUAGUUUUGUUUGUGUAUUGUUAAGUUUGCUUCUCUGUUCUUCAAAUGGAUCAAAUCGAUGUUCCUUAUCAUUUUCUUUGCCCAAUUUCCCUUCAACUCAUGAGAGAUCCAGUUACAGUCUCAACUGGGAUUACCUAUGAUAGAGAGAACAUUGAGAAAUGGUUAUUUUCAUGCAAAAAUGAAACUUGCCCAGUUACAAAGCAAGAGUUGUUUACCAAAGAUCUCACCCCAAACCACACCCUUCGUCGUUUGAUCCAAGCAUGGUGCACCCUCAAUGCCUCGUUCGGUAUCGAGAGAAUCCCAACUCCGAAGCCGCUCGCUGACAGAGCCCAGAUCUCCAAACUCCUUAAUGAUGCUAAGAAAUUUCCACACUUGCUGCUGAAGAGCCUACGAAGGCUUAGAUCAAUCACGCUUGAAAGUGAAAGGAAUAGAAGCUGUCUAGAGGAAGCUGGUGUAGUUGAUUUCUUGGCUUCGAUCUUGAAAACUGAUGAUUCUACUUCAGUUGAGAUAGACAGCGAUGAUAAUGAAUCGGAGUUCACAAGGGCAAGUGAUGAAGCAUUGAACAUUCUUUAUCAUCUCAAAAUAUCACAGAGGCAAUUAAAGAAUCUGAUAAUCAACGAUGGUGAUCGGUUUCUAGAGUCGUUGCUGCAAAUCUUGAAGCAUAGUAGCUAUCAAUCUAGAGCUUAUGCGACAAUGUUGUUGAAGUCCGUUUUCGAAGUGGCAGAUCCAACGCAUUUGAUUAGUAUCAGACCGGAAAUGUUUGUCGAGAUAGUACGCGUACUUGAUGAUCAGAUCUCACAACAGGCCUCAAAGGCAGCAUUGAAGCUUCUCAUGGAAAUUUGUCCGUGGGGAAGAAACCGAAUCAAAGCCGUCGAAGGUGGUGCAGUUUCUGUCUUGAUCGAGCUUCUUCUUGAUACAUCAGACAAGAGAGCUUGUGAGCUUAUUCUAGCUGUUUUAGAACUGCUUUGUGGUUGUGCUGAUGGACGAGCAGAGUUAUUGAAGCACGGGGCAGGACUCGCAGUUGUUUCCAAGAAAAUACUUAGGGUUUCUCAUGUUGCAAGUGACAAGGCAGUGAGAAUUCUGUGCUCCAUUUGUAGGUUCUCUGCAACUUCUACGGUUCUCCAAGAAAUGUUGCAGGUUGGUGCUGUGGCCAAGCUGUGCCUGAUUUUGCAAGUGAAUAGUAGUUUGAAGAGCAAGGAGAGAGCUAGAGAGAUCCUCAAGGUGCACUCCAAGGUCUGGAGGAGCUCUGCUUGUAUCCCUGCAUAUUUGAUGGCUUCUUAUCCAUCUUCCUGAUUGGACCCUUUGUGUUUUGCGUAUAUAAUGAUCAAUGAGGCAAGGUUAAUUUCACCUCAUGCAAUACAACUUGAAAUACUAUAUUUUUUUGCUAAUUUC